CGCAGGGCCGGACCCACGCGCGCACCUGGCGGCCGCCGAGCGGAAGCCGUUGCCGCCGUGGUUGCCGCCGCCCGCCCGGCUUCAGCCCCCCUCAGGCCGCGGGCGGCCGCCGUGCGCCGCGCUCCCCUCCGCCGUGCUGCCGCCGGAGCCAGGUAUUAUAUUUUCAAGAAAUGGUGUGACCUAUUCAGUAUUAAAGAACAUCAUUCACAGGAAAACGUUUGUUUUGUGACAAACUUUUUAAACUGGAAUGGCUUUGAAAAAAAUGCCUAAACUAUUCAAGAAAUUAUUUUUUCACUGGAAACUUUGGAAAUUUAGCAUUAUUGUGUUUUUCUUUCUGGUAUUUUUAUUUUUAUUACAAAGAGAAGUGGGCGUUCAAGAUUUUAAAGAUGAAGGAGGGAUUGAGCCAAUUGUCAGAAAGAAAAGUCAUGUAUUAGGUCUUGUGCUAAAUGCUAUGAACAAUAUCAACGGUGCAAAGCCAAAAAUGCAAAUAAAAGCACCUGUUAGGCAAACUAAAGUUCCUGGAGAGAGACACUGUUUGCCAGGACACUACACUGCAACGGAACUAAAACCCUUUCUAGAUCGACCUCUUCAAGAUCCUAAUGCUCCUGGAGCUUCUGGUAAAGCAUUUAAAACCAUCAACUUAAAUUCAGAAGAGCAGAAAGAAAAAGACCGUGGAGAAGAAAAACACUGUUUUAAUGCAUUUGCGAGCGAUAGGAUUUCAUUACACAGAGAUCUUGGACCAGACACUCGACCUCCUGAAUGUAUUGAACAAAAGUUUAAGCGUUGCCCACCAUUGCCAACCACAAGUGUUAUAAUAGUUUUUCAUAAUGAAGCGUGGUCCACUCUGCUCAGAACUGUUCACAGCGUGAUGUAUACGUCUCCGGCCAUAUUGCUAAAGGAAAUUAUAUUGGUGGAUGAUGCCAGUGUAGAUGAAUACUUGCAUGGUAAACUAGAUGAAUAUGUGAAACAAUUUCAAAUUGUUAAAGUAGUCCGUCAAAAGGAAAGAAAAGGUCUAAUCACUGCACGGUUGUUGGGAGCUUCGGUAGCAACAGGGGAGACCCUUACCUUUCUGGAUGCUCACUGUGAAUGCUUUUAUGGCUGGUUGGAGCCACUAUUGGCAAGAAUAGCUGAGAACUCUGUUGCUGUUGUAAGCCCUGAUAUUGCUUCUAUAGAUCUCAACACUUUUGAAUUCAGUAAGCCAUCCCCUUAUGGGCAUAACCACAAUAGAGGGAAUUUUGAUUGGAGUUUGUCAUUUGGAUGGGAGUCUCUUCCUAAACAUGAAAAUAAAAGAAGAAAAGAUGAAACUUACCCAAUUAGAACACCUACUUUUGCUGGAGGUCUCUUUUCAAUAUCAAAAGACUACUUUGAACACAUUGGAAGCUACGAUGAAGAAAUGGAAAUAUGGGGAGGUGAAAAUAUAGAAAUGUCUUUCAGAGUAUGGCAAUGUGGUGGACAGUUGGAGAUCAUGCCUUGCUCUGUUGUUGGCCAUGUCUUUCGCAGCAAGAGUCCCCAUACUUUUCCAAAAGGUACUCAAGUGAUUACACGUAAUCAAGUCCGCCUUGCAGAAGUCUGGAUGGAUGAAUAUAAAGAAAUUUUUUACCGAAGAAACACAGAGGCAGCAAAAAUUGUGAAACAAAAAACAUUUGGAGACAUCUCAAAAAGGCUUGUCUUAAGGCAGCGUCUGCAGUGUAAAAAUUUUACCUGGUAUCUCAAUAAUGUUUAUCCGGAAGCAUAUGUUCCAGACCUGAAUCCUUUGUUUUCUGGAUAUCUAAAAAAUGUAGGUAACCACAUGUGUCUGGAUGUUGGUGAAAAUAACCAUGGCGGCAAACCAUUGAUUAUGUAUUCUUGCCAUGGACUUGGAGGAAAUCAGGACUCACACUGUCAAGGAAGAUGUUAAUGGGAAUCCAGCCAAUGGGAGACCAAGUGGCCAGGCCUGAGACAUCUUUCCCUAUCUUACUUGCAGCCUCAUAGUGUGAGGUCAAAGUAGUCUACCCUAUACUGGUUAAUGCAAGCGAAUAAUAUGACUGAAUUUGUCCAAGAAGAGCUCUUUUUGAUGCAUAGAUCUUGGAGGCAGCAAUGAUCUUCUGUUUCUUCUACAGUAUGACUUGCAAUAGAUGUCAGAUACUGAAUUCUUCAGGCACUGCUGUAAUACUAACAAAAGUAACAUCUCCCUCCCCCAGAAAUGCACAAUUCUCUGUUGCUUUAAAGAGCUAUUUGAAGAAUAAAGUUUAUUGACUGUAGAUCCUUAAUAGUUAAAGUUCAACAAAGAUUUAAAUGUUUUGGUUAGAAAAUUGUUUUAUUUUUUUUUC